ACCGAUAGUACCCACAGUUCCCGUGUCAGUACGCUGCAUACAACAACAUCUAACGCGUGUUGCGUUCUGUAAUGAUAUACACUUUUCCGAAUUCACUUUUUAGGAGUAUUACGGUUAAGGGAUGCUCCCAUGAUGCAUUGCACCCAAGUUUGGAUGUUUUUUUUUGCGUCAGAGCGCGGGCUAUAGAAAACUAAGGAAGAUUACUUUGCUCUGUUUUGCUAAUUGUUAAAUCAGUUUCCAACAUUAUUUCUACAAUGAGUUUCUGUUUUAUACUAUACGCUUAAUUAUAUGUGCUAUAUUUGCAUAUCAGUGUAUUUGAACUUAUUCGAUUUUUAACUAACUUACUAAGUGAUGUAAAUACACAUUUUUAAAAUUGGCGGUUAAAAGCGUUCGUUAAUGUUGUUUCCAGCAUGGAGCGCAGAUACUUCAACCUGGGAAAGCCGCCGUCGAAGCUUCGCUACUUCAAUCUCGAAAGGGCACAAAGUCAGAGGAAAGGAGACGUUGUGCGCAACAUAGAGGAGUGCUUUGACGAGCUUGAUUCGUCACCAGAGGUGGGGAGCCAGUUGUCUGGGCUGUCACCGCUGUCAAGCAGCGCCGUAGAUGAGGAUGGGGUAAAAGUUCAACCUUUGGUGCUGUCCCUUCAGAUCUUUGAGAGUCCUCUGAAUAGCGAAGGUGAUGGCUUGAUAAGAACCUCCAGCCCUAUUGAAAAGCUGCGGAACGAGGGAAGUCGAGAUGGACGCGCUGAUGAGGAUGACAUCAGGGCCUCCCCACUGCUCUUUGACAAAGUGUACGGAGAUCCUGAUCUGCAGUCUGAACUGAAAGAGCCUUCCAAGUGCAGCACAGAUAACGCCAGAGAGCCACAAGAAGCAUCUUCUGCCCUUAAUGCUCACCUUGUAGCUGAAGACCCCAAAUUUGCCCAGGGGUCAAAGGUCGGACCUUCGAAAGGAGGAAAGGAAGCCUCUGGCUUUCUGCUGAAACUGAAGGAUGCUGGCCGAUCCAAGGCAACAAGCUCUUGGAAACAGCAUUCACCUGUUGCUGUUUCUGCCCAACCGGAUCCAGAAGAGGACUUCUUAAUAAUGGACGAUGAAGAAUUUGCAGUACCAGAUCGAAUUUUCAUCCGGAAGCGACCAAACCCCCACAGAAUUGAUGACGCCAGUGAUUGUCAGCAGAGGGAGGUGGGGGAGAAAAGGAGAGUAGUGCAGGAUGGCACUGAAAUUCCCAAUGAGGCCUCGUCUGGGAUGGGGAGUCCCACACAAACACGGACUAAGACUGGCAGAGACAAUGAGCUUCAGGCAUCAAGAAAGACCAAGCCGGGCAGAGUUCAAAGGGAAAAAGAUGGUGAUCUUGACAUAGAACGUUCAGUACUCACCAAAAAGACUAAGGUGGGCAAAGGCCAAAUGGAAAAAGAUGUUAAUCCUGACGUAGAACGUUCAGUACCCACCAAAAACACCAAGCUGGGCAAAGUCCGAAGUGAGACUGACAUUGAUAGUGACCGUGAAGUAGAACAUUCAAUACCUGCUAAAAAGACCAAGGUGGGCAAAGGCCAAAUGGAAAAAGACGUUGAUCUUGACGGAGAACGUUCAGUACCCACCAAAAAGACCAAGCUGGGCAAAGUCCGAAGUGAGAAUGACAUUGAUAGUGACCGUGAAGUAGAACAUUCAAUACCUGCUAAAAAGACCAAGGUGGGCAAAGGCCUAAUGGAAAAAGACGUUGAUCUUGACGGAGAAUGUUCAGUACCCACCAAAAAGACCAAGCUGGGCAAAGUCCAAAGUGAGACUGACAUUCAUAGUGAUUGUGGAUUAGAACAUUCAAUACCUGCUAAAAUGACCAAGGUGGGCAAAGGCCAAAUGGAAAAAGACGUUGAUCGUGACGGGGAACGUUCAGUACCCACCAAAAAGACCAAGCUGGGUAAAGUCCGAAGUAAGAAUGACAUUGAUAGUGACCGUGGAUUAGAACAUUCAAUACCUGCUAAAAAGACCAAGGUGGGCAAAGGCCAAAUGGAAAAAGACAUUGAUCGUGACGAAGAACGUUCAGUACCCACCAAAAAGACCAAGCUGGGCAAAGUCCGAAGUGUGAAUGACAUUGAUAGUGACCGUGGAGUAGAACAUUCAGUUCCUGAUAAAAAGACCAAGGUGGGCAAAGUCCAAAGCGAGAAUAACGUUGACCAUGGUGUAGAACGUUCAGUACCCACCAAAAAGACCAAGGUGGGCAAAGUCCAAAGCGAGAAUAACGUUGACCAUGGUGUAGAACGUUCGGUACCCACCAAAAAGACUGAGCCACGUCAAGCCCAUAGGACAAAUGACAGUGACACUGGAGUAGAACAUUCAGUAUCCACCAAAAAGACUAAAUCAGGAAAAGUUGCCAGGGUACCGCAAAUCGCCUCCACCAAUCAACAAGGGAUUUUAACAGAGAGGAAAGGUAAGAACUCCAAAAUAGAAAGGGCUAAAAAACAGGCAGGCAGGAAAAAGCUUAAGAGGAGCAGCCGGCAGAAUUUGAGGCUGACAGAUGCAACAUCGGGUGGUCCAGAUGACCCAGGGGAAGAUGCAAUUGACCAAGACGCUGGACGUGACUCCUCAUGGCAGCGCACCCCCACUCCAGGAGAGGAAGAAGGUAGUGGAUAUCCACAGCUGACGUCAGCAGAUGAUCCGUGCAAGAGGCAGGAAGGGAGCAACCAUUCCUCAGACGAUUAUGAAGGCAAGAGGAUGCGGAGGAAGCCUGGGUCCUGGUGGCUUAUCAACCAGGAUGGCGAUGAAGAGGGGGGCGACGAUGCAGUGAAAAGAGGAAGGGGGCAUCAGGAGAGAGUGGGUUCGGUGCGCCCAAACAAGAAGCAGCGGGACAAACAUGCCAGCUCAAAGAAGAGCGCAACAGGGUCCAGUGUAGAGGCUGUCAGGAACAAGGCCAAGGAGAAGAGCAGCAGGUCUUGUAAGCAGAAACCCACAGGGUGGCCCUGCCCCACGGUGUCUGACCACUGCCACAGCACCAGCCAGGCAGCAGGUAUCGUGCUCAUAGCCUAUAUGUGUACUGCUGAGCUGCUGAGAGUUUCAUACCCGUACUAG